UCAACACCAAUUAAAAAAAAAAAUACUAUUUUGCAUAUCAUUUUCGGUUAAAAGAUUUAAGGUUGGAGUUCCCAACAAACUCAAAACUCAUUGGUGGACUGUACACCAAGUUGCGUGGGAAGUAUCAUUGAUAUGAGUCAAACAAAAGUCAACCUGCAGUGUUUACGGCUAGUGGGCGUCAUAUCGUCUUGGAAUAUGAGCAUGGUGGUGGUUUGGAGGAAUAUGUUGCUUCCCCGUGUUUCAUUUUUCUCGUUACAAUUUCACCCAAACACAAAUUUUUUUCCUUUCCACAAAAUGGUAAAGGAAAGUCAAACUUCAAUGUCUAUUCCUCUUCGUUUUGCUUUAUGCUGCAAUCAGUUCUUUCCUUUUCCCACCAUUGCUCUGAUUCCGCUUCAUGGGUCGCAGAAUUGGUGAACGGAAAUCGGAGGUACUUAACUGCUUCAUUUAUCGAUUUGACUUUGCUUGUUUCCCAGGUAAAUUUAGUGUUUGCUUUAUGUUGCUUUUUUCUUUAAAUUUUUACUACUACUUUUGAUUGUAAUGGGUACUUUUUUGCUGUUUGGUUGCUGGGAAAGUAUGAUGAUCCAUGGCUGGUCAUAUCAGUUUUGGUAGAUAUUAGUUCGAAUGUUGAAUUGCAGUGUCUUCAUGGGGAAUUUUCUGUUUGGUUAUUGGAAGGAGUUUUUGGGUGGGGAUGGGAGUGGGAGGAUUAGUAUUUCUCCUUGUUUAUUUCCAUUGAGAGAAAGGGAACUUUAAAAUGAUGGAAAUUUGUUUCCUUUGAUAAGCUUAUUUGAGGUUUUU